CCGGAUCGACCCAUCCGCCACGAGAUUAUCCUCGAGGACGGGGCCGUACCUCCGUGCGGUUGCAUCUACCGAAUGAGCAAGGAAGAGUUAAGUGUGCUCCGCGCACAACUCCACGACCUUCUGGAGAAAGACUGGAUUCGGCCUAGCUCAUCGCCAUAUGGUGCUCCUGUUCUCUUCGUCCGGAAGAAGAACAAGGACCUGCGGUUGUGCAUCGAUUAUCGCAAGCUCAACGCGCAGACGAUCAGGAACGCCGGCCCUCUCCCACGCAUCGAUGAUCUUCUCGAGCGAUUGGGCGGCGCCCAGUUUUUCUCUAAGCUGGAUCUCAAGUCAGGGUACCACCAACUCGAGAUUCGCAAGGAGGAUCGUUACAAGACCACGUUCAAGACACGUCGGACUUUGGAGGAGCAUGUGGAACACCUCCACACCGUUUUGGAGCGGCUACGACAGGCCAAGUACAAAGCCAACCGCGACAAGUGUGAAUUCGCACGGCAGGAGCUGGAGUACUUGGGCAAUUAUGUGACGCCGCAAGGCAUCCGUCCGCUCGCGGACAAGAUCGAGGCCCUACGAGUAUGGCCCGAGCCCACCAACACCACGGACGUUCGUUCAUUCAUGGGAUUGGCRGGCUACUAUCAGCGAUUCAUCACCGGAUACUCCAGGAUUGCUGCACCUAUGACGAGGUUACAGUCGCCAAAGGUGCCAUUCGUAUUCGAUGNUGCACCUAUGACGAGGUUACAGUCGCCAAAGGUGCCAUUCGUAUUCGAUGACGACGCACGCCGGUCAUUCCAAGCACUUAAGACGGCCAUGCUCAUGGCACCUGUCCUCAGCAUCUAUGACCCCACCUUGCCGACGAGAGUGACUACGGACGCUUCCGACUAUGGCAUUUGGGCAGUCUUGGAACAGCACGACGGCGACGACUGGCACCCUGUGGAGUAUUUCAGCCACAAAGUGUCUCCCAUCAACUCACUUGAUGAUGCAAGGAAGAAGGAGCUACUCGCGUUUGUCAUGGCUCUCAAGCGAUAGCGGCACUUCCUCCUUGGGCGUCGUAGGUUCACAUGGGUUACGGACAACAGUCCAUUGACCUACUACAAGACGCAGGAUACGGUGAGCAGCACGAUUGG